AUGCCUUUCGAUCAACGCCCAAAGAGUUCCUCUUACCACUCCCGUUUCCAAACUCCUUUCCGUAGAAGACAAGAAGGUAAGACUGAUUACUACCAAAGAAAGAGAUUAGUCACUCAACACAAGGCUAAGUACAACUCUCCAAAGUACAGAUUAGUCGUUAGAUUCACCAACAAAGACAUCAUUGCCCAAAUUGUUUCUUCCCAAAUCACUGGUGAUCUUGUUUUCACUGCUGCUUACGCUCACGAAUUACCAAGAUAUGGUAUCAGCCACGGUUUAACUAACUGGUCUGCUGCUUACGCUGUUGGUUUAUUAGUUGCCAGAAGAGCUUUACAAAAGUUAGGCUUAGACGAAACCUACAAGGGUGUCGAAGAAGUUGAAGGUGAAUUCGAACUCACUGAAGCUGUUGAAGAUGGCCCAAGACCAUUCAAGGCUUUCUUAGAUAUCGGUUUACAAAGAACCACCACUGGUGCCAGAAUUUUCGGUGUCUUAAAGGGUGCUUCUGACGGUGGUUUAUACGUUCCACACUCUCCAAACAGAUUCCCAGGUUGGGAUAUCGAAGGUGAAGAAUUAGAUGCUGAAUUAUUGAGAAAGUACAUUAUGGGUGGUCACGUCGCUGAAUACAUGGAAGAAUUAAUGGAUGAUGAUGAAGAAAAAUUCAGAACCUUAUUCAAGUCUUACCUUGCUGAUGAAAUUGAAGCUGAAGAUGUCGAAGAAUUGUACAUGAACGCUCAUGAAAAGAUCAGAGAAGAUCCAUCUUUCAAGCCAACCGAAAAGAAAUUCACCAAGGAACAAUACGCUGCUGAAUCUAAGAAAUACAGACAAACUAAGUUAUCUAAGGCCGAAAGAGACCAAAAGAUUGCUGACAAGAUUGUUGCUUUCAAGGCUUCUCAAUAA